AUGGACGCCGCAGCUUCUAACAAGGAGAAUGCGGCACAACAUAUCGCCCCAGAAACAGGCCCCGCACAUCAGUCAUUGUAUACAAACCAUGAUAAAACCGAGCUCCCACAGCGUGAACAUGGAGUGCUCAAGAAAGGCAGUGGGAGUGUUGUGAACGGGGUCCGAAGGACCACAGACCUUGUACACAGGACAGCGAAACAGCGUGGUGAUCCUGAGAGAUCCUCCAAAGGCUAUGAGAAAUAUGGCAUACACUGGGCGCCGUUGAACAUCCGCCUUGAACGACGGUUACAGACUUUUGUGGUCUUGUGUCAUACCUUGACAAUCGCUAUCUGCCUCACGGUCUUCUUUUUCACCUGCGCCAUCCCUCUUUCAUGGCCUCUCUUGCUACCCUACCUGAUAUACAUUUCGCUAUUCUCGAAUGUGGCCACAUCUGGUUCGUUGAAAUAUCGAAAUGACUUUUUGCGUUCGCUCCCUGUCUGGUCGCUCUACGCCUCCUACUUUCCGGCCCGUCUACAUCGGUCAGAGCCUCUCCUACCAACUCGGAAAUAUAUAUUUGGAUAUCAUCCACACGGCAUCAUUUCGCUUGGCGCUUUUGCAGCAUUCUGUACGGAGGCGCUUGGCUUUUCCAAGCUCUUUCCCGGUAUAACCAACACACUACUCACGCUAGACUCUAAUUUUCGCAUUCCCCUAUACCGAGAAUAUGCACUCUCAAUGGGACUUGCUAGUGUCUCACGGGAAUCAUGUGAAAACCUCCUUACCAAAGGUGGGACGGAUGGCGAAGGUAUGGGCCGUGCCAUAACAAUUGUCAUAGGUGGUGCCCGCGAGUCCCUCAAUGCAUCUCCAGGCUCACUACGUCUGGUUCUCAAACGCCGCAAAGGAUUUAUCAAGCUAGCUAUCCGUACGGGAGCCGACCUUGUACCGGUGUUGGCUUUUGGUGAGAACGAUCUCUAUGAACAAGUCCGCUCGGACAGCCACCCCCUCAUCCACAAGUUCCAAAUGCUCGUCAAGCGGACACUAGGAUUUACCAUUCCGCUUUUUCACGCCCGUGGUGUCUUUAAUUAUGAUGUUGGCUUGAUGCCAUACCGUCGCCCAUUGAAUAUUGUCGUUGGCCGUCCAAUACCCGUUGUUCAACAGCAGGACAGAAACAAAAUCGACGACGACUAUAUCAACCAACUCCACUCUGAAUACGUGCAAGAACUCGAAAGAUUAUGGGAAGAGUACAAAGAUGUCUAUGCCAACAACAGGGUUUCUGAUAUCGAGGUGGUCGCCUAA